AUGCAGUUCUCUACCAUCUUCGCCAUCGCUUCUGCGCUCACCCUCGUUGCCGCCGCUCCUACUGCGGCCCCCGAGUCUUCACCUGCGGCGGCAACUCCUGCCCAGCUGUUCAAGCGCAAGGAGUGCCCUAGCAACUACGCUUCCAAGGGUGUUUGCAACGGAACCAGCUGCAUGUGGGGCCUGGUCAACUACGACUGUGGUGUCGGUUCUUGCGUUGGUGCCGGAGCUGGCGACGGAUCUUGCUGCGGCUGGCCCAGUGAUGGUGGCGUUGCUUACUGCCCCAACGGAGGAUUUUAA